AUGCCCCGGCUUUGCUUCUUCAUUUUAAUACUUCUCUUUACCUGGCAACCAUUGUGGUUGUUGGGCCAGGCAGCUCCCCUUCCGGAGUGGGCCCGUCGGACCUCCGGCCUUCGGAGAUCCCCGGAACCCAGGUCUUCCCACUCCUCUGACCUCCUGCAUGAAUCGCUCCAGGCACUUACCCCCCCCGCAGGGCCGGGGGGCUUUAAUAACUUGAGGUCCUCUGCUCCAGCCCAGAUAUCGGCCCCGCCUAAGCAGUUGACUGAGACUUUGGUUCCAUUCCUGGACACGGAUUCAAUUGGUGAGCUGCCCCCAGAGACAGAUCAGUAUCUGAAUAACAAGCCAACCCUGCACAAAAGGCUCUUACAAGUGGUUCCAAGGUUAGGUGAUGAGAAUCAGGCCAUAGUUCUGCCUCCUCCACUCAAAAAUAAGAUGAAAACUGGAGAUGAGCCAGAAGAUCACCAGUCAUUGGAAAUACUUAUUCCACCUCUGGACAGUCAGAGUUUAAACCAAAGAAAGUUUCUUGUUUCAUCCCCAAACCUGGACAAAGAUCUAGUUCAGCAUCGAAGGCUUGCCAAAGUUCUUCUUAGAACUCCAAACCAAUUUGCAAAUAAAGAGCUCCUAGAACAACUGCAGGACGAUUAUUCAGAUUCUGGUAUGGAUAUCAUAUAUCCUGAGGAAAACCGACCAAUGGAUUUCCCAGGGGGACCAGAUCAACCCCCAAAGCUCCCUGAGGAGCUUGAAAUUUCUUCACUCCUGCAGGAGACCCCUGCAGGACCUCUCCAGUCAACUUUAGAAGAACCUGCACCUUUUCUGCUUGGGGUGGAGGCCCAGGCCAAGCAUCCAGAGUCCCCUGAAGAGACAGAAACACCUCCACUUCUUCAGGAUGCUCAAUCUCAGCCUCCAGAGAUCCUUAAGGAAGCUGGAAAUUCUGUAGGCCCACAAGAGGCCCCAGCUGAACCUUCAAGUACCCCUGAAGUCCAACAGGAAGCCUCAGCUCAACCUACAGAGGCAUCUGAGGAAGUAGAACCUUCGACCCCUCAGGAGACCCCAGCUCAGCCACCAGAGGAGGAGGUACCACCUCAGGAGGUAAAUGUGCCGUCUCUGAGUCAGAAUGAAGCUCAGCGGCCAAAAUUACACAAUGUCACUGUUAAACCUGUAGAUUUGGCACUUACUGUAACUGUAACUCAGCCUCCACAGCACCCCGAUAAGGCUGAGCCUUCUCCAGUCCCACAGGAGUUCCCAGCUCAGCCUGUAGAGCUCCCCGAGGGGGCUGGGCCUACUCUAGUCACACAGGAGGCCCCAGAACAGGCUGUAGAGCUCCCUGAGGAGGCUGGGCCUACUCUAGUCACACAGGAGGCCCCAGCUGAACCUGCACAGCUCCCUAAUGAGGCAGAAUCUUCAACCCAGCAAGAGAACCCAGGUCAAUCUCCAGGGGAGAUAGAAUCUUCUGCAACCCUGCAAGAACAAGGAUCUCAGCCACCAGAGCUGUCUCUGGGGGAGGUGGAACCUAUUCCAACCCAGCAGGAACACCCAGCUCAACAUCUAGAGCAUCAUGAGGUGAGAGUUGCACCUCCAGGUCACCAUCAGGUUCAACAUUUAAACCUGCCCAAUAUCACUGUUAAACCUGCAGACGUGCAGGUUACUGUAACACCAGAACCCACUACAGAGGUGGGACCUUUGCCAGUUCAGCAUGAGUCUGUCGCUCAGCCCUCUGUGCCCCUUAAUGUGGAACCUUUGGCAACCCAGCAUGAAGCCCCAACUCUGCCUCCACAGUCCCCUGAGGAGAUUGAACUUUUGCCAUUUCAACAGGAGAUUCCAACUGAGUCCCCAGAGUCUCCCACACAGGAGAAACCUCCAACACAGCAGGAGACCCCUGUUCAGACCCCUGGAGAGGUUAAACCUUCCACAACCCAGCAGGACACCCUGGCUCAGGAUUCACAGGCCCCUGAGGAGGGUGAAUCACCUUCAACCCAGGAGGAGGCCCUGGCUCAACUUCCAGGGACUCAGGAAGAGAAGGAACCUUCUCCACCCCAGCAGGAGGCCCCUGCUGAGCUUCCACAAAUCCCUGAGGAGGGUGAACCUUCCUCCAUACAGGAGGAGAGCCAGGGUCAUCAUGCACAGACUCCUGAGAAAGCUAAACCUUCUUCAACCCAGCAGGAGGUCCCAACCCAGUAUCCACAGGCCUCCGAGGAGGGAGAACCAUCUCCAACUCAGGAAGAGGCUCCCACUCAAUUCCCACAGAUUCAUGCAAAGAGUGAAUCUUUAACCCAGGAGGAAAGCCAGGGUCAGCAUCCACAGACCUCUGAGGAGGUUGCACCUUCUCCAAUCCAACAAGAAGCCCCAGCUAAUCACCCACAGGCCUCCGAGGGGAUCAAACCUCCUCUAACCCAGGAGGAGUCCCCAACUCAGCACCCUCAGACCCCAGAGGUGGGUGAGCCUUCUCCAACCCAAACAGAGACCCCAGCUAAGUAUCCAGAGUCCCUUGAGGACAUCGAACCUGUUCCGGCCCAGUCAGAGGCCACAGUUCAACAUCCAAAUCCCCUAGGGGAGGUUAAACCUUCUGCAACCCACCAGGAAGCCCCACAUCAGCAUCUACAGACCUAUGAGGAAGUUAACCCUUCUGCCACUCAGCAAGAAGCCACAGCUCAGCAUCCAGAACCUUCUGGUGAGGUUGAACCUUCUCCAACCCAGCAGGAGGUCCCAGCUCACUCUCCAGAGCAUCAUGUAGUAACAGUUUCUCCUCUAGGUCAGAGUCAAGCUGAGCUUUUACUCUUCCCCAGCGUCACUGUUAAACCUCUGGAUCUGGCACUUAUCAUAACUCCAGAGUCCACUAAUGAAGUUGAAACUGCUCUACCCCAACAAGAGGCCUCAGCUCAGUCUGCCAUGUCCCCGGAACAGUUGGAACCUUCUGCAAUCCAGCAGGAGUUUCCAGAACAACAUCCAGCCCCUGCUGAAAAUGUUGAACCUUCUCCAGUCCAGCAGGGAGUCCCAACACAGACUGGAGAUCUUCCUGAGGAAACUGAACUUUCUCCAAGCCAGCAGUGGAACUCAUCUCUGCCUCAGAUGCCUGUUGUAGGUGUAAAACCUUCUCCAGUCCAGCCUGAGCACCAGGCUCAGCCUCCAGAGUCCUCUACAGAUAUUGUAGCUCAGCCUCCAGUACAUCAUGAGGUGACAUUCUCAUCUCUAGGUCCUGGUGAAGCUCAACAUCCAAUGUUGCCCAAUAUCACAGUAAAACCUGUAGAUCUGGAGGUUUUCAUAACUCCGGCGCCCACUAAGUUUGAACAAUCUCCAGGGCAGCAGGAGACCCCUGCUCAAGCUCCAGUUCCCCCUGAGCAGGUUGAAUUUUCUCCAGCCCAGUCCAAGCUUCAUUUCCAGUCUCCAGAGACCCCUGAAGAUGAAUUUCCUCCAGGCCAACAAGAACUCAUAGUUCAGACAAAAGACCCUCCUAAGGAGGUUGAAACUUCAACCAUGCAAGAGACUCCAGGUCCUCCUUUAGAGCCACCUGAGGAGUUUGUAGUUCAGCCUCCCAUGUAUCGGGAGAUGACAGUUCCAACUCCAGGUCAGGAUCAAGCUCGGCAUCUAUUGUUACCCAAUGUAACGGUUCAGCCUUUGGACUUGGAGCUUACCAUAACUCCAGAACCCACCACGAAAGUUGAACAUUCUAAAACCGUGAAAAAAACUACUGCUCCUCCAAAGGACCUGGAAGUGACAUUUGCACAUCAAGAGCAGGUUCAAGCUCAGCAUCCAAUCUUGACUGAAGUCACAGUUCAGCCUUUGGACCUGGGGCGUACCAUAACUCCAGAAUUUACUAAGGAGAUUGAACUUCCUCAACCUAUGCAGGAGACUCCAAUGCAGCUUCCAGAGCCACCUAAGGAGGUUACUGUAGCUCAAUCUCCAGUAUAUCAGGAGGAGACCAUUCCAACACCAGGUCGGAAUCAAACUCAGUAUCCAUCAUCACCCAAUGUAACAGUUCAACCUUUGGACCUGGAGCUUACUGUAAGUCCAGAAGCCACUACAGAAGUUGAACAUUCUACAGCCCUGAAAAAGACUACAGCUCCUCCAAAAGACCUGGAGGUGACAUUUGCACAUCUCGAGCAGGUUCUGUCUCACCGUCCAAACUUGACUAAGGUCACAGGUCAAGCUUUGGACCUGGAACUUACCAUAACUCCAGAAUCCACUACAGAGAUUGAACCUUCUCCAGCCAUGCAUCUAGAGCUGCCUAAGGAACUUACUACAGCUCCUCCAAAGAACCUUGAGGUGACAUUUCCACCAUCAGAGCAGGUUCAGGUUCAGCAUUCAACCUUAAAUAAAGUCACAGUUAAACCUUUGGACUUGGGGCUUACCAUAACUCCAGAACCUACUACAGAGAUCAAACCUUCUCCAACCAUGCAAGAGACCCCAACUCAACCUCCAGACUUGGGGCUUACCAUUAUUCCAGAACCUAUUACAGAGGCUAAACAUUCUGCAACCACGAAGAAGACUACAGCUCCUUAUCCAGCGGACCUUGAGGUGACACUUGCACAUUCAGAGCGUGUUCAGAGUCAACAGCCAAACCUGACUGAAGUCACUGUUCCUGUUCCUCCUAUGGACUUGGAAAUUACUGUAAGUCACCAACUAGAGUCAUCUGAGUCGGUUCUCCCCCCAACGACUCAGCACUCAGUGGUGCAUUUUCCAAAAUACUUCCCAGAAAAGGCAUAUACAACUUUAACUGAGCAGCCAGAACAGAAUGUUACCACAAACGUCAACAUAUGUGAGCUCUGUACCUGCAAAGAUGAGAUGCUGUCGUGUAGUGGUUUCAGCCCAAAGCAGAGGCUCCGCAGAGUGCCUGUGCCAGAGCCCAACAUGGACAACAACACCUUUACCAUCUUAAAUUUCCAAGGAAACUCUAUUUCUUACAUUGAGGAAAAUACAUGGAAGGCAUACCGUUGGACUGAGAAAUUAAUUCUCAGUGAAAAUUACUUGAGUGAAUUACAUAAGGACUCAUUUGAAGGCCUGCUAUCCCUACAGUAUUUAGAUUUAUCCUGCAAUAAGAUACAAUCUAUUGAAAGACGUACAUUUGAACCACUACCUUUUUUGAAGUUUAUAAAUCUUGGUUGCAAUUUACUCACAGAAGUGAGCUUUGGAACAUUUCAGGCCUGGCAUGGAAUGCAGUUUUUGCAUAAGCUAAUUCUCAGUCGUAACCCUCUGACAACUGUUGAAGAUUCAUAUCUUUUUAAAUUGCCAGCAUUAAAAUAUUUAGACAUGGGAACAACACAGGUGUCACUUUCAACAAUUGAGAGCAUUCUCAUGAUGUCCCUAGAAUUGGAAAAACUGAUACUACCUAGCCGUAUGUCCUGUUGUCUCUGCCAAUUCAAAAAUAAUAUUGAGGUUGUUUGCAAGACAGUCAAGCUGCAUUGUGACGGUGAAUGUUUGACAAAUGCCACACGUUGUGAUGAAAAAGUAUCUAUAAUGAAUGUAGAAGGAUCAUUCAUGAAGGUAUUAAAAGCCCGGAAGAAGAGUACCAGUACUGAGCUGACAAUUGAGCCAGAGAAGGCAUCCUCAGACAAAAAUGGCAUCGGUCUGUCAGCUUUUAUGAAUGAGCAGCUAGACUUUAAUGAUGAAAGUGAUGUUAUUAGUGCGCUGAAUUACAUAUUACCUUAUUUCUCAGAGGGAAAUGUAGAAGAUGUAGAAUCAACAUUACUACCAUUCAUUAAAACUCUGUUUUCAAAUAGCCUUCCCAAGGCUAAGAAUGUACGGAAGAGGCGGUUUAGAAAAAACAGGGUUCUCAAGGGCCCCAAGGACCUACAGAAAAGGCACUACAAGGAAGUGGAUGUUCAGAGCACCCAAGAGAAACAGAGUGCCCAGUCAUUUGUGAAGAACAUGGCCAAAGAAAGAAGGCUCAGUAGACCAUCCCCAAGGGAGCUGGAGGAGCUUCGCAUGGCCCAGAGGCCCAGGAAAUUAGUGGGAAACUCCGUCCACACAGAGCCUUCAUUCAUAAAGGAGCACGAGGCAGCAGCCUCUUCUUUCCCGAAGCAAUACAUAAUGGGCAGGCCUUCUGCCUCCACUGCUCCAAAAUCCAUACCUAAGGUGAGAAACCAAUCAAAAGACUUAACCUACCCCAUUGCUGUUUUAGAAGAUGCGAAUGCUAGAGUCAGGGAAAUGGAGGCUUCCAGACCAGUCUCACAUUCUGGGAAAAAGUAUAUUUUCCAUAAAAUUCGCUCACGUAUAGUCCAAAGAACACCCAAGACCAAACAAAGUAAAAAGUUCAGAAAGAAAAACUCACUCUCGAAUAUACUGAUGCCUGCACAGAGGCCUCCAUUGCCUGCAGUCAGGAGCCUCAUAGAUUCCCCUUCACAGGAGGCUAUUUCAUCUUCAGAAAAACGGACUCAGGAAAAUCCUUUUCCGGAAUUAUUUACUCUUUCAGAACCUUCUAAAGAAAACACUACUGUAGAAAACACUACUGCACAGAAUGUUUCUGAAGAGAUUAUUUCUCCAGGAAGCACUACUGUAUCAGAACAAACUCCCCCUGAAUUCACAAACCGUAGGAAUCUUUCCACUACAUAUUCUACUACCACCAGAGACAACUUUGUUCAGACUGUUAAACAAACCAAUGAAACACAAUGGGAAUACCACAACUUGGUCCCUGACUUGCCCCCAAAGCCCACAGGCUUCAGUGUUGCAAAGCUCUCAUCCGCAGGUGAUCUAUUUGAAAUUCAGCUAAACCAGCAGCUACGGUCCCUCAUCCCGAAUAAUGACGUGAGAAGGCUCAUUUCUCAUGUUAUCCGGACUUUGAAAAUGGACUGCUCUGAGACCAAUGUGCAACUGGCCUGUGCCAAGCUUAUCUCCAGAACAGGCCUCCUGAUGAAGCUUCUCAGCGAGCAGCAGGAAGUAAAGGUGUCCAAGGCAGAGUGGGAUACAGACCAAUGGAAGACAGAGAACUAUAUCAAUGAGAGCACAGAAGCCCAGAGUGAACAGAAAGGGCAGGAGUCAAGUGAGCUCACAAAAGAAGUUCCAGGUUAUGGCUAUAACAACAAACUCAUCUUGGCAAUAUCUGUGACUGUAGUAGUAAUGAUUUUGAUUAUAGUUUUCUGUCUCAUUGAGAUUUAUUCUCAUAGAGCAGCACCAGUGGAAGACGAAGAAGGAGGCUCAAGGCUCUUCUUUCAUUCUCUGCUGCAUAAGAGAUGUUCAAUCCAACGUGAGAGUCAGGAGGGCUUUUUCUGGAGAAGGCGGCCACUUUGGCUUCGGGACAUGUACAGACCUCUCAAUGCCACACGGAAGAAAAACAUGGCACAGAAGCUACACGACAGGGAUUCUUCUGAUGAGGAUGAGAUUUUCAACAAGGAACCAGGGUACCUGAUUGGGGACAAUUUAUACUUCUUUUCUAAAAUGAGUUAAUUAUGAAAAGUUUAAUUGUUCCUUUACAGAGUUAAAGGCAUUCUUCUUCUUAUCUGCAGAGAGAAAGGUGAUGCCCCAGCAGAGAAGCCUCAGGCUGCACAUUCAGCUGCUGAAGACCUGGGUGAGGAGAGCGACAGUGAACUCCGCACCGUCAUCGUCCUCAAGUGACC